CGGUCCGUGGACAAGUUAGUACCGGGCCUUGAAAUAUUCCAAGAAUUUUUUUUUUAUAAUAAGAAUAAUUGUCUUUUUUUAAGUGCUAUGACAUGUGUCAUGUUAUUUAAUCCAAAACAUAAACAAUAAAUAAAUUAAAAUGUGUUUCUUUGAGCGCCUUACGAUUGCAACGCGUCGUAUCUGAACGGACUGCAAAAAAAGCGCGGAGCACCUGAAGUGACCGAAGUAUGUGGGGAGAUGAGCGGGCGUCAGCCAACUUCUAUGGCUAAUUUCAUUGCGGGCAGUUCUGGUAAAAGGAAAGUAGAUGGCCAACUCGAAAAUAGCGAGAGAAAAAAAAAGUCAAGCUUCAAUCGUAAAUACGAUACCUCAUACAUUAGGUAUGGAUUUACGACCACAGGCGAUUCCGUGGCGCCAAAUCCGUUGUGUGUUAUUUGUGGUGAAAAACGGCAAUGAAGCCGUCAAAACGUCAGCGGCACUUAACCACCAAACCCCCAACUCUCAAAGACAAAACGGAGGAGUUUUUCGAAAGAAACUUCCAAACUGGAAUGGAUCAUUCCUCUGAGAAUCAUAAUGUCACAGUGAUCCACACUGAAUUGGACCAUCUGGAGAUCGGGGAAGAAGAUGAAGAUUUGAUUGAACUAGCAAAUGAAAUGGAUCAGGACAUUGGCAUGAAAGUAUUGGAUAGAACAACAGGAAAGCAGACAUUUGGCAAACAAUUUUCUUCACCUGGUUUACAUCAGAAAGCAAAACUGUCCCCAAUCAUGCAUGUAAUACCGGGCAAAUGGGACACAAAGUUGGUGGAUCAUGCUAGUGAUGCAGAACCUAAAGUAAUGGACGUUAUAAACAAGGAUUUUGAUAAAGAGAGAGAAAUGGAGCUGAAAAAGGUGGGCUUGAGAUUGUCUGAAUUACAGGCUGAGGUGGAGCCACCUGGGGAAAGUGAACACCAACCUCACACCGCACUACAAACUCAAAACAUACCAGAAAGCCAUGUUGAAUUGUUUUCUUUAAUUACCAUGGAACAAAAAGUACAAUCAGGUUUGUCUGCUCUAGAGCAUCAACCUGAGAUGGAAAUGGCAGGACCUGCAGAAAAAGAUGCUGGGGAGAAAUUAGCAAUCCUGUGUAAAGACACAAAAACAAGUGUUUCAAUAAAGAUGAAUGAUAUGCCAAAGGAACAUUCUGAGGAGGAAAAGUGUGUAGAGAAAACAGCUGAGCAGGAAGUGGUGGUAUCCUCCAAGGAAGAGGAAGAGAACCCAAAGGGGUAUUCAGACAAUCAGACUGAGGUGAAGGUUCACAGUCCUCCUCCUACAGACUGGGAGAUCUUUCUCUAUAUAAAGGCAGGAAUUGAUGGAGAAAGCAUUGGCAACUGUCCAUUCUCUCAGAGACUCUUCAUGAUCCUUUGGCUAAAGGGAGUCAUCUUUAAUGUCACAACUGUGGACCUCAAGAAAAAACCAGCUGAUUUGCAAAACCUUGCACCAGGAACUAACCCACCUUUUAUUACCUUUAAUGGUGAAGUGCUGGUGGAUGUUAACAAGAUUGAGGAAUUUCUUGAGGAAAAGCUUACACCACCACGGUAUCCAAAGUUGGCUGUUAAACACCCAGAGUCAAACUGUGCAGGAAUAGAUGUAUUUGCCAAGUUUUCUGCAUACAUCAAGAACUCUCAAAAAUGUGCAAAUGAUGGUUUGGAGAAAGCUCUGUUGAAAUCCCUGAAGAAAUUGGAUGACUAUCUGCAGUCUCCACUGUCAGAGGAGAUUGAUGCCAACAGCCGUGAUGACCCAGGACCAUCAACACGCAAUUUCCUAGAUGGACCAGAGUUAACUCUUGCUGACUGCAACCUGCUUCCCAAACUACACAUCAUCAGGAUUGUUGCGAAGAAGUAUAGAAAUUUUGAGAUUCCAGCCGAAAUGAAAGGAAUUUGGCGAUACCUGAACUCUGCCUACCAGAGAGAGGAGUUCACCUGCACAUGUCCUGCAGAACAAGAGACUGAAUUCGCCUAUUUGGAUUUCGUCAAAAAGCUGAUAUAAGACUGAUGAUGGGUGAAAAUGGACAGAGCGAUAUGUGUGAGUGAAGUGAGAGUAAGAGUGGAGUUUGUGUGUGUGCGUGUGUGUGUGUGUGUGUGUGUGUGUGUGUGUGUGUGUGUGUGUGUGUGUGUUUGUUAGUGUGUGUGUGUGUGUGUGAGAGAGAGAGAGAGAGAGAGAGAGAGAGAGAGAGAGAGAGAGAGAAAGUAAAGAAAGAGUUUGAGAGUGUGUGAAAAAGUUUGAGAGAAUGUGUGUUAAAAAUACUACUAUCAGAUAUUAAGGGAAAUUUAUCCAUUAAUACAUUCAAUAAAAUCAGUUCUGGGUGAAAGGGACCAAUAUCAACACAAAACAAACCCAGGCUGUAAAGCGGGUAAAGCAGGUGGUCCUGGCAGAAUCAGGACAGAAAUGUUAAACUACAACACAGCUAAUCUGGAGAAGAUCUUUUUAUAACUCAUAAACCAGGAUCUCCAAGCUGGUCAUUUUCCUAACAUAUGGAACUGGGGCCAUAUAGUGUAAGGUUAAAAUAGUCAU